GAAGAAACAAAAGCCACGCCGGAGUCUCGUAUUGCAAACGUCGGAGACCGGAACCACCGUCCCAUCUGCCGUCUCUUCCCUUGCCGAAGAUGGCCGCUCCCGCCGCCGCCGCCGUGGUGGUGCUGUUCGACUUCGACAAGACCAUCAUCCAGUGGGACAGCGACGACUGGGUCAUCACCAAGCUCGGGGCCGCCGACGCCUUCAAACGCCUGCGCCCCACCAUGCGCUGGAACUCCCUCAUGGACAGGAUGAUGGGGGAGCUCCACGCGCAGGGGAGGUCGGCCGACGACAUCCGCGAGUGCCUCAGGAGCGCGCCGCUCGACGCGCACGUCCUCUCCGCCAUCCGGACGGCGUCGGCAUUAGGGUGUGAUUUGAAGGUGGUGAGCGACGCCAACUCCUUCUUCAUCGCGACCGUCCUGGAGCAUCACGGUGUCCUCGGCUGCUUCUCUGAGAUCAACACCAACCCCGCGCGCGUGGACGCCCAAGGGAGGCUCAGGAUCUCGCCGUUCCAUGAUCCCACCAGCUCGCCCCAUGGCUGCAGCAUGUGCCCUGACAACAUGUGCAAGGGCAAGAUAAUCCAGAGGAUUCAAGAGGCAGACAGUGCCAAGAACAAGCACUUCAUCUACAUCGGUGACGGGAAGGGGGAUUACUGCCCCUCCCUUAAGCUAAGGGAAGGGGACUAUGUCAUGCCAAAGGAGAAUUACCCCCUCUGGAAUCUCAUCAGCAGCGAUCCCCAGCUUAUCAAAGCUGAGGUUCAUCCAUGGUGUAGUGACGAGGAUUUCGGAAGGAUCCUUCUUAAGUUGGUGAACAAGCUAAUCACCUUGCAUGCACAGGCGUCCCAAUUGGACUACAAAUGCGAGAUGAGCAAUCCAGUAUCAACGGAACUAGGUCACCAUCAGACUCUCCCUGUCCCAAAUUGAUUUGUAACCAUAUCUUAGCUCACGGUACAGGCAAUAUUGCGUGACUAUUUCCACAUGCCUCGGCUAAGGAACUGUCCUCGGUCAGAAUUCAUCCUAAUUCGUGAUGUAAUAACAAUUGCAUUGCACCGAUUAUGUAUGUCGGUGGAUUUUCUGCACAUUGUGUCUCUUAUGUAACUCUUCAGGCAAGUUCAGGGACCCAACAGCAUGUUUCAGUCAGCUCGGUAUAAAUGAGAUAAAACAGUCAACAGUGUAA